AUGGUUCUACAAAAACUCGGUCACGAAGCGGUGGAGCUUGGUCAUGGACACCUCCUUGUGUCUGAUAUUGAGGAAAACACUCUGGUCUCCAGGCUUUGUGACCUUCUUGAGCGUAUAUUUGCUCACGGGCUUAACAAAAAGAUGGGUAAGUCGGCCCUCUGGUCAUAUCUCCUCCUCUUUCUUGAACUCAACAUCAAACUUCCUGGUACUCAAUCGGACCGCCAGCCAAACUAUAAUGGCCAGUCGUCACGACUGUCUCCUUGCGGAACUCGACAACCAUUGGGGAAUCAGCAUCACCAACAAGAACGUUAUCAGCGGGGUGCUACUUUGUCCCCAUCGCCCUCCUUGCUGCGUCGACGGGCACAGACUCUGACGCGACGGUCGCCAGCUACCACAGCUCCGAGUGAGUACAAAGAUUUUAAUUAG